UGCUGUCAGUUUCAGCACAUCAUACAGAAGGAACGUCAAAAUGAUCGUUCAUUGCUCCAUCUCAUCACUAAUUGUUUUUCCGGGAUUCUUCAACUAAUUCUCGUUUCGACCCACGGUUAACUUCCGGAAGCAAACGUUUCAUGUCGGAAAAGUGCAACUAAUAUACCAAAAGGUUCCAAAUCUGCGUGCAUAGCGCUCGUCUCGUUGGUUGCUGCUGUCAAUUUCGGUGCGUGUGCGGGCACGGUCUACAGGUAAACAAAGCCGCAAUCAGGUUGGUGACUUUUGCGCGCUGUUGGCCAUUAUCAGCCUCACCAUCGUCCGGAAGCACCAUGACGGACUCAUUUUUCGGCUUUGACACAUCGCUUCCCGUGGAGGACGACGGUGGCGGAGGGAUAGGUGGUGGACCGGAAGAUUCUGAAGAGGAGUACGAUGCGCUCAACGAUGAAACUUUUGGGCAGGCUAAGGAGGGAGAUUGGGAAGAACUGCAUGAGGACCUGGUGCGAUUGGAUCAGCGGGAAGGUGGGGACGGAGAUUCCGGGCCGGAUUCGGAUCUAGAUAUGAAUUUCUCCAGUGUGAGAAUCGAUAAUUUAGAAAUGAAUGAUGAUAACGAAUCGGAGGCUCGGCUUCAACUGGACCCCAGUGUGUGGACAAUGCCAAGCAAGCCGGAAACGCCGAAACCUCCGGCAAUGUCUAUGCGACCCGCAAACAUGCAACUGAGAACUGGUCCAGGAACAGCUUUUUCAGGGCUCCCGCCAAAUUUUCCACUGCCAGACCCCAGCCAGAUGCGUAUGUGCUCACUGGAGGAGAUCGAACAAAACAUGAAACAACAGGCUCAACUCUCACUGCCGCCACCGAAUCCACCGCGGCAGGAUAGUCUACAGCAACAGUUCCGCCCGAAUUUGGGUCUACCACGGCCACCACCGGGCUUUGCAGUUCCACCAAUGAUGGGUCAACCUCCCCUGACGAUUCCGGUUAACUUUCCUCCCCCGCUAAAUAUUGCUCCGCCUCCGCUGCAUCUGCUUCACACGAAUGUACCCCCGCCAGGCAGUGGACCACCGCCGUUGUUUCCACUGAAUGUGCCUCCGCCAAACUUUCAAGAGCAAAAUCAUGCCAACUUCAACCAGCGUUUAGUACAAGAGAUUCAACAAAAUCAUCCAUUGCUAAGCCAACAUCGUCACCAUCAGCAGCAACAGCAACAAAACCAGCUAAACCGCUAUCCGCACAAUAACCGGCAGAACUACCAUCUACAGCAGCAUAAUCGACACCUCAAUGGCAAAGUGAACCGCUCGGGUGAAUAUGACGAAUAUGCUAAUAUGAUGAGUGAACGGGACAAACAGUGGCUGCUGGGAAUUCAAUUAUCGCAGCUGAACAAGGACACUCCCUACUACAAUGAUUACUAUUUUUGUGUGUUCCGCGAGCGGAAAGAACGCCAAAAAGGCGACAAUGAGCGGGAAAGUAAGGCGCACAAAGAUAACACAUUCUAUCAUCCACUAACACAGCAGAUGCUCCAACGCAACGGUAUAAUUGGUCGCGAGCGUCGAAAUUCGGAAAAGAGCCAGGAUAUCAAGGAAGUUCCGACUCGAAAUUACACACCGCUGCAGUUUGAGAAUUCGCUGGGAAAGUUACAGUGCGGCAGUGUUACUGCUCCCAGGAAGAUUAUCGAUCAGGAUGUAGUGGCUGAGACAAGUGCCACCAGCGGAGUGGUUGUGAAUUCCGAGGUGCUAUCCCAGCGAAAGUCACGUCAGAUUCUGCUGCAUGUUGAAAGCUUGUACAAGAUUCUCCUGAAGAUGGAAGAUCUGAGCAAUCCGCUGGCAAUCGAAGCGAAACAAUUGCUUAAGGAAAAGAAAGAAAGGGAACGAGUACUAGCAUUGGAGAGAGGCCAACAGGUCGAUGAACAGAACAAUUUUACUGGGAAUGGGAUUGAUGGAACGCAAGAUGUUGAAGACACGUUCGCUUCACUGUUGGAUAAACUGUUUGCUGGUCUGACACCGGAAGGUGUCCUGUUGGUACUCUCCGUAAGGAAAGGUAAGCUACUGCUAAAACGCAUACAGGCUGUUCUGAAGGAGCAUCCAUUCCGUUGGAAUCUUUGGUGCAUAAUAUUGUCGUCGUUUGCUAUGCUCCUCAAGCGCGAACGAGACGAUCCGGAGGAACUGCUGACACCCUUAUUUGCGCAGCUAGAGAGUCACGUGAAAUACUCGACCGUUAACGAUUUGCUUCCUCUGCUGGAUACAUUUCUUAAUUCCGACAAGUUGCUUUCGCUUAUUCCGAAGUGUAAAUUUCUUCUCACAACUGUGCUGACAUUGAUCGAUCGAAUGGAGCACUUUUACAGUGCAGCAUCUUCCUGUCUCACGCCGGAAGUAACCGAUCGGUGGAAGACAUUCCUGCAGGAACUGUCAAAGGCAGUUUCCGGCGUCGGGAUGGGACCACAGAAGGUGCUGCUGAAGCUGGACUCGGAUUGUAAAAUAGUACACACAUUGCGGGAUCAUUUCCAGAGGUACCCCCAUCUGGAUUUGGAGCUGAAACUGUUGGCACUGGUUUCCAUCGAAGACAAAAAGUAACUGGACAUGCUAGGUAUGUUUAAUCAUAUUGUUUGCCUUUUUUUUAUUUUUAUCAUUUUAUUUCGUGUAAAAAUUUUCUAAUGUUUAACGUUACUACUAGACUUCUUACUACAAGCAGACAGUGUUAAGCCAGGAAAUGUAGACAUUUUUUAGAAUUUAGAAUUGAAAAUAGCGACCAUACAAAGUUUAGGUAGAAAAAUGACAACAAAUAAUCGGUGCCCUCGACGCCCCAUCGCCCCUUUUUGUUUACUAUCGUGGAUACAAUAUUGACUCAGUGUAAAUUGUUAAAGACGACCUGAAACACUAAAUCUUGUUACUGAUGGAUGUAAUCAAAAGUUUGGUAAUUCAAUACAUACAUAUAUUUUACAUUAUCAUUCUUCCUUCGUGGCACUUCUUGGUUUUUCCUCACCUAUAUAUGGAAGCAAGUUAUAUUUUUUACCUUAACAACAUUAAACUAUAAGCAUAUCCAA